UAAGGAGAUGGGUUUCGGAUACUCAAAGUGGACCCUGUAAAAAAAUAAAAAUUCAAUAUAAAGUGAUAAUAAUUAAAUAAUUAAAUUUUAAAAUGUUAAACGGUAGUGUACAUUUUGAAGCUAGAAUUCAAGCAACUGGUCCACCACGUUUAUUGGGUUGGAAUGUACCACCUGAAGAGCUAAUUCAUAUACAAGAACACUGGUUAUCUUAUCCAGAACCAAAUCCUUCACUUCAUUAUUUACUUGCAUUAUUAUAUAUUGUAUUUACAUUUGUUGCAUUACUUGGAAAUGGACUUGUUAUCUGGAUAUUUACUGCAGCAAAAAGUCUACGUACACCAUCAAAUUUAUUUGUCGUUAAUUUGGCAAUACUUGAUUUUUUAAUGAUGAUUAAAACACCAAUAUUUAUUUAUAAUUCAUUUCAUCAUGGCUUUGAACUUGGACAUCUUGGUUGUCAAAUAUUUGGUUUUGUUGGUACAAUAAGUGGACUUGGUGCAUCAAUAACAAAUUCUGCAAUUGCUUAUGAUCGAUAUAGCACAAUUGCUAGUCCACUUGAUGGUAAAUUAUCAAGAGGACAAGUUAUUAUACUGAUUUUUGCAAUAUGGCUUUAUACUAUACCAUGGGCAAUGAUGCCAUUGAUGGAAGUAUGGGGUAGAUUUGCACCAGAAGGAUAUUUAACAGCUUGUACAUUUGAUUUUUUAACUGACACUGAUGAAAUACGUUAUUUUGUUGGUACAUUAUUUUUUUUUUCAUACUGUAUACCAAUGACACUUACAGUUUAUUAUUAUAGUCAAAUUGUAAGUCAUGUUGUUAAUCAUGAAAAAGCAUUACGUGAACAAGCUAAAAAAAUGAAUGUUGAAAGUUUACGUAGUAAUCAAAAUGCUAAUCAAGAAUCAGCUGAAGUACGAAUAACCAAAGCUGCAAUAACAAUUUGUUGUUUAUUUGUAACAUCAUGGACACCAUAUGGUAUCAUGGCAUUAAUUGGAGCAUUUGGUAACAAGGCAUUAUUGACACCUGGUAUUACAAUGAUACCAGCAUGUUGUUGUAAAUUUGUUGCUUGUCUUGAUCCUUAUAUUUAUGCCAUAAGUCAUCCAAGAUACAGACUUGAAUUACAAAAACGAUUACCCUGGCUAGAACUUCAAGAAUCAACACCACAAAAUGACGCAACUAGCACUACCACUGAAGCAGUCAGUGCAUCAGCUUGAUUAACUCAAAUUGUAAAACCGUAAAUAAAUUUAAAAAUAAAAAGACAAAAAAAAAAACAAAAAAAAACAUGUGUUUAAACAAAAGAAAAAUUAUAUAAAUCAAUAUUAUUUUUUUCUUUUUUUUGAACUAAUGUAAAUAACUGUAUCACUAAUUUUGUGUUUGAAAAAAAAAAUAAUAUUUAUUAAACUGAUUGAAAAAAAAUUAACAAAUAAUUAAUUUUCACCUUUUUUUAUUUAUAAAUUUUUUAAACGACGUAAAAUUUCAUCUUGAGCUUCAGCAUGAAUUGGAUUUUUUUUCGUAGAUUUUACUUGACUUGGUGGAUUAAUUGUAAUUUUUUUAGGCUUUGUUGUUUGACUGCCUCCAACAACAAUACUACGUAAAUCUUUCAUUUCUUUAUCUACCAUAUUAAUUUUUUCUUUAUUUAUAAUUUUUAUUUUAUCCAA